AUGUCGAUUGCAAUGAGGAUUCCUGCGUCGGAAUUAAGCUGGGUCCUGGAAUGGGAAGCUAUAAAAGGAGAGAAGGGACGAAAAAAAAUAGGUAAGAGGAGUGGUUCGGCAGCUGGGAAGGUGUAUUGUGGGAGAACCGAGAAGCUUUUGGCUUCUGAAGGCUCAAGGGGAAAACUAAAAGAAGUCACUGCCGUGGAAAUGAAAAGUUUUGAAAAAUCCCACGUUGGAGUUUGCUACGGAUCACUGGGGGACAACUUACCACCACCCCACGAAGUUAUACAUCUCUACAAACACAACAACAUCCCAAGAAUGCGGAUUUACUCUCCCCUCCCACAUGUCCUCCAAGCCCUCAGAGGCUCUAAUAUCGAGGUCAUGGUUGGUGUAGCAAACGAAGAUCUUUGCCACAUUGCUACCAACAUGGCCAACGCAUAUUCUUGGGUCCACAACAACAUUAGAAACUAUGCCAAAGUCAAUUUUCGAUACAUAGCUGUUGGCAAUGAAAUACAUCCUCCCGCAUGGGAAGCAAAUCAUCUCCUGGGGGCCAUGAAAAACAUUCAUCGGGCAAUUUCAGAGGCUGGACUUGGCAACCAAAUCAAGGUCUCAACCCCCUUCAGCACCGAGAUCCUUGGAGAAUCCUACCCUCCAUCCAAAGGUUCCUUCAAACCCCAUAUGGGAUCAUUCAUUAAUCCAAUCAUCCGAUUCCUAGUGGACACCCAUGCCCCAUUUUUCCUGAACAUGUAUACCUAUUUCAGUUACAUUGGCAGCCCUCAUCUCAUCAGUCUGGAAUAUGCUCUCUUCACAUCUCCCGGAGUAGUGGUGCAUGAUGGGCAGUUUGGGUACCAAAACAUAUUUGAUGCAGUACUGGAUGCUGCUUACUCAGCUCUGGAGAAGGCUGGUGGGGGUUCUUUGGAGAUUGUUGUGGCUGAGACUGGUUGGCCAUCGGCUGGUGGGUUGGCUUCGACAGUCGAGAAUGCUAGGACUUACAACACAAAUUUGCUUCGGCACGUGAAGGGAGGAACUCCCAAGAGGCCUGGAAAACCUAUACAAACUUACUUAUUUUCCAUGUUUAAUGAGAAUAAGAAAGAACCGGCGUUCGAGAAACAUUGGGGCCUCUUUUAUCCAAAUAAACAGCCUGUAUACCAUACUCGAAAUUGA